AUGCACCGUCUGAUGUUGCAAUUAUUUAGUUACCUGGCCGACUGGACUCCGAAGCACAGUGGCACUUAUCGAAUCGAAUGCCGAUUAGAUGGUUUUCAGCUUGCGCAAACUUAUCUAAUUGAGGUUCGUGAUGGCAGUAUAUUGUUCGGCGCUUCAGCUUCAGCAGGAGGUGAUAAUCAGAAUCGUCUGAGCAGAAGGCGAGUUGCGCAUUUAAGCAGAACUCGUUCUGCAUUUUGUGAUCAAAAGAUGAUGACAAAAGGUGUACGAAUUCGUGCUUCACCAGCUCUGAAUUCCUCGCAGAUUGGGGUUAUCCCGCGUGGAGCUACUGUUUCCUAUAUUGAAGAAUUCGAAAAUGGCGAUGGCAUAUGGUUGCGGCUUACAGAUGAAUCAGCUGCUAUGCAUUGCGAUACGCAAUUACCAACGCAGGCUUGGUGUCUGCAAUACAGUGCUCAUCUGGGUCGUUCGUUCCUGUUACUGCAGGCGGAAUCGCCACAAGCUCCUGCUGUUGGCCACAAUUUUCUGACUGCUGCCACAGUACAGGUUCCUCAGAAUGCAGUCGCGAGUGAGCAGCAGUAUCUCGAACAGUCACUACAAAUGGAUGUUGAAGAGACAUAUGUGACUCAUGGUGCUCGUCCGGUUUCAAUCUACAACUAUCCAUCACUAGAAGCAGCUUCGGGCGAAGUAAUACAAGAAUCAGCUCUGGGCGAGAUCAGAUCCACCGGCUGGCUUCAUAAUAAGCAGGGAAUAUGGAUACGAUUGCUCGAAUUUGACCAAAAAUAUGCCUUGGUCCAGGAUGCAUCGGGUAAUCGGCAUUUACAAAAAACAAGUAAUAGUGCGCAGCGCUACAGCAACAGCAAUGGCGGUGAUGGCUCGCCAGGUAGUCAAAAGCCGGUAGCCCAAAUUCAUCCGCAGUCGAGAAAUGAGCAACCGGUGCAUGCGCUGAGGCCAGCAGUAGCAGAUUGCUGUCGUACAGUAUUUGCCGCAUUUCUGUGGCAUGAGCGGCUGGUGAAGGAUGCAAUGGUGUGCAGCACAUAUUUGAAAUUUCAUCCCGAACUGCAUUCAGUAAGUUUCUUGCUACAUCAUCUGUUUACUCACAUCUUAUGGCGCUCCAGCUUUGUCUACGUCUAG